AUGGAUAACUGUUUACAAAGAUUCAGUAAAUUUAAAAAAUAUUAUUUUAACGAAUUAAUAGAAAUAAAAAGUCCUGCAGACUUUUUUAACAAAAUAAGAUGUUCAUUAAAAACAGUACAGCAUGCUACAAUCUUUACAAUGUAUACUGGAGAUUGCAAUCUCACAAAAAAAAUUCUUAAGUUAAUUUCCGAAAGAGAAAAAACCAAUAAAAAGACAAGAAUUGUUUUAGAUAAAAAUCGUGGACAAACAAAAAAUUUGGUAAAUUUUAUAAAAGAAAAUAACUUAAAUUGUUUUAAAUUUGUAAACUUAUCUACUUUUAUAAACAUAUUACGUAUAAGAGAAAUUUUAGCCGUUUUUCAUUCUAAAUUGUACAUUUUUGAUGAUGAAAUUAUUCUUACAGGAGCAAACCUAGAUGGUUCAUAUUUUACAAAUAGAUUAGAUAGGUAUUUUAUUAUAAAAAAUAAAGUAUUAAUAAAUGAUCUUUAUAGAAAACAAUACAGUAAAAAUACCAACAAAGAUACAAAUAGUGAUUAUAACGUGUUAUUUAAGUAUGGUAGAAAAAAUGAGAAAUAUGUAAUUUCAGAAAUAUUACAGCAGAAUUUUGAUUCAAUUUAUAUAUCCUCCGCUUAUUUUAAUUUGCCAACAGAUUAUUUAAACUUAUUUAAAAGUUAUAAAAAUAUUCAUUUUUUCGUAAAUGCGCCAGAUUCUAACAUUUUUACAAAUUUUAGUAUAUUUGGUUUUUUAAUAACCUCUAUUUACACGUACAGUUCAUAUUAUGCUACUAAGUACUUACCAAAAGCAUUGUUGUACGAGUUUAAUCUAAAAGGAUACACAAUGCACAAAAAGGGGUUAUGGGCAUUUAAAGACAAUUUUUGUGUUUCUAUAAUUGGAUCAUCAAACUUUAACAGAAGAAGUACUGAAAGAGAUGAAGAACUUAAUUUUUGUGUAAUAACUCAAGAUUCUAAGACCGUUAGAAUUUUUAAAGAGGAAAUAUUAUUUUUAAUGAAACAUUCUAAAUUGAAAACAGUAAAUGAAUUUAAGUUUGGUAAAUUUAAAUUUAUAGCAGCAAUCCUGUUCUUUAUUUUUAAUAAAUUUUUAUAG